AUGGCAGCAGUAAUGCGGAUGGCGGCGGCUGGAACAAAACUAUGUGUUCUAGUGAGCAAACUUGGGAUCCAGCCUAUGCGGGCUGCCGCAGUCCGUAGUCUUUGUAGCCAGCCCAUCUCCGUUAACGAGCGCAUCGAGAACAAGCGACAAGCAGCGCUACUAGGUGGAGGUCAACGUCGUAUAGACGCGCAGCAUAAGCGAGGAAAGUUAACAGCCCGAGAACGGAUCAGUCUCUUGCUGGACCCUGGCAGCUUUGUUGAGAGCGACAUGUUUGUGGAACACAGAUGUGCAGAUUUUGGAAUGGCUGCUGAUAAGAAUAAGUUUCCUGGAGACAGUGUGGUCACUGGACGCGGCCGAAUCAAUGGAAGAUUGGUUUAUGUCUUCAGUCAGGAUUGGACAGUAGUGUUGUACAAUUUGGCAGGCUUGCCUUGGGGUGUAUUUGUAACUGGGGUGAAGAGGAAUGUCUCAGCAUCCGGAGUCAUCCCACAGAUUUCUCUGAUCAUGGGCCCGUGUGCUGGUGGGGCCGUCUACUCCCCGGCCCUAACAGACUUCACGUUCAUGGUAAAGGAUACUUCCUAUCUGUUCAUCACUGGCCCUGAUGUUGUGAAGUCAGUUACCAAUGAGAAUGUUACCCAGGAGGAGCUUGGUGGUGCCAAGACCCACACCACCAUGUCAGGUGUGGCGCACAGAGCUUUUGAAAAUGAUAUUGAUGCCUUGUGUAAUCUACGGGAGUUCUUCAACUACCUGCCCCUCAGCAAUCAGGAUCCCGCUCCCAUCCGUGAAUGCCACGAUUCCAGUGACCGUCUGGUUCCUGAGCUUGACACAAUUGUCCCUUUGGAGUCCACCAAAGCCUAUGACAUGGAGGACAUCAUACACUCUGUUGUUGAUGAGCGAGAAUUUUUUGAGAUCAUGCCCAAUUAUGCCAAGAACAUCAUUGUUGGGUUUGCAAGAAUGAAUGGAAGGACUGUUGGAAUUGUUGGCAACCAACCCAAAGUGGCCUCAGGAUGCCUGGAUAUUAAUUCGUCUGUGAAAGGGGCUCGUUUUGUCCGGUUCUGUGAUGCUUUCAACAUUCCACUCAUCACUUUUGUUGAUGUCCCAGGAUUUCUGCCUGGCACAGCACAGGAGUAUGGGGGCAUCAUCCGACAUGGCGCCAAGCUGCUGUAUGCAUUUGCUGAGGCAACUGUCCCCAAGGUCACAGUCAUCACCAGAAAGGCCUAUGGAGGUGCCUAUGAUGUCAUGAGCUCUAAGCACCUUUGUGGUGACACCAAUUAUGCCUGGCCCACAGCAGAGAUUGCAGUCAUGGGAGCAAAGGGUGCUGUGGAAAUCAUCUUCAAAGGGCAUGAGAAUGUGGAGGCUGCUCAGACAGAGUAUAUUGAGAAGUUUGCCAACCCUUUUCCUGCAGCAUUGAGAGGGUUUGUUGAUGACAUCAUCCAACCUUCUUCCACUCGUGCCCGAAUCUGCUGUGAUCUGGAUGUUUUGGCCAGCAAGAAGGUGCAAAGGCCUUGGAGGAAACAUGCCAAUAUUCCCCUGUAA